AUGGCUGCACGCAACUGUGUGGCUGAAAAUAUUGCCAAUGAAGGGAUUGGUCCAACGCGUAGGCUUGUUGUGAACACCCUGCCAGGCCAUGGGAGCCAGCAGCCGGUGUAUAUUAAUCCAGGCCUCGAGAUCUCCGACUCCAUGCGGCUGGCCGCUCGUCGAAUGCUUGCCGAGGCUACGCUGAUAAUCGGAUCAACACUACCUAUCAUCAAGCGAACCCUUCAAGUCGAUCUGCCAACUGCCAGUGAGAGAGGCCAGCGAUUACUUUCCGCUUUUCAAAGUACGAGAAUGUUAUCUCUUGCCUCGGGUCCCCCACUCACCCCUCUCACCGUCAAGGUAGCACCGCUGAAUUGCCCGAGACGCGGCUCCACGAAUAGAAAUCAAGUUGGCCUUAAGGCCCAACGCAAAAUCCUUCUCGAACUCAACAUCAAAAGCCGUCAAGUUUUCUUGGCGAGCAAUUAAGAGAUCAGACUACUCAAUAGAAGGGCUCGGGACUCUGCGCCCUCCCGUCAGCCGACACCCCUGUCAUGCGGGCUCAGUGCUGAGUGAGUGUCUGGUACCGAAACAUCCGUAGAGGCGAAACCUUAUCUAUAUUCUAUUAGGCAACCAAUAGUUGCCCAUGCCC